AUGACAACAGGUACAUUAACGACUAGUACCGCACUCAAAAACGCUAUCAUCGAAUCCUUCGAUGAUUGCAUCAAGGACUACAAGAAUUGGGGGCUCGAGCAUACCCUACAAUAUCUUGAAGACUCUAAUAUCAACUUCGAUGAAAAAGAUUACCCAUUCAUCAAACGACAAGUGAUAGACAAGGCGGUAGAAGUGUUUAAUAACCCGUACACCACGAAAACUAUCACAAACAAGGCGAAAUCGUUGAUUAAGAAUCUUAGAAAUUCGUCUAAAAUGUCCACGAAAGCCGCCGAAAUCUUUCAACGGCAAAAAAACAAAACAGAACAGAAUCGGUUUUAUUACUGUAUGGAUAAGAAUGUUCGGAAGAUAGAGACCACGAUUUCAUCAGUACAUGUAAGGGAAGUGAAAAGGCACGCCGAAACAUCUAAACAAGCCAUUCGCAUCAAUUUCAUUCGGACCCCAAAUAUUUCUUCACGAAGAGGCAAUGAACGAGCUGGGAAUUUUCCAGAAAUUGAUAAUGAUGAUUCGGAUAAUGAUGAAGAUAAGAGCGAUAAUGUAUUACUACAAUCAGAAUCAGAGGUCAGCAAUGAUAAAAAUUCUGCACAAAUAUUUAAACUUUUCUUACUUUGUGGAUACCCGCAGAUUAUAACCACCGCCACCGCAUCUACUACCACCGCCACCGAGGAAGCUGAUGAAGCUGGUGUGAAUAAUCGUCAGGUUUCUGUAAUUUCUGUAGAAGUUGAUUCGCAGUUCCAAGAAUUUCAAGAAACUUAUUUUGCAAUGCGCAAUGAUAUGAAAUGGAAGCUUCCAUCCGAUAGUUAUGUUGAAGAUAUUAUUUUUAAUUACGCGAAGGAUCGCCCUUAUGAAUGUCUAUCACAUAGUUUUAUUCUUGAUACUGAAAACGAAAAUAUAAUGAAUUUGUUUAAUAAAAGUGAUAAAGAAUAUAUCAAGACAUACAAUGUUAUAGCUGAUCCUGAAUUGGAGGAUGACCUAAUAGAGUACCUUCUUACAUAUAAUGAAACUGAUCUUUCAAAGAUGCGGGAGAAAAUCAAUGCAGGGAUAGGCAUAACUCCAUAUGAUCCUAAAAAAAACUUUGAUUAUCAAUAUAUCUAUCAAGUUUUUGUUAGUCUAUAUGAAUUGAGAUCUACCGAUUUUACCCGAGCACACUUGGAGGGAUGGUUCAACUCAAAUUUAUGGAUCACAACUGAGUUUAUCCGGGGGGAAGGAUGUUCCCGUGCAUCAUCAGAACGAAAAAAUAGAGGAAGAGAAAGCACAGAAACAAGGGCUAAGAUUGGCAGAAAGUGUGAUGGAAUUUUGCGAGAGCUUGCGUCAAUCGAAGAAUAUGCAGUUAGUGAAGAGGGAAAUCUUUGUGUAGGAAAAAGUGGAACAAAAUACUUAACAGAUUGUGGAUUAAAAAUGCCAAAGGUCAUGAAAGAUAUGAUUAAGCAAAAGAUUAACAAGCAUGGAAUUGAUUUCGUAAAAUCCCAGCAUUUUGAAAUUGUUGGGUUCUUACAUUCAGGUAAUAAAUGUUUUUUAUUAUAUAAUUCCAUAUACCUUUCUAACAAUACCGUACCAUCAUUAUUAGAAAUAGAAGAUCUGAUAUUUUUAAUUCACAAAGUCCUUGUUGCCAAG